UUUUUUUUUUAUAAACAAAAGGAGGGGCAAAUCGAAAUUUAUUUUUGUGGUAAUGCCAUUUCAAUACAAUGAUAGUAACAAGGACCCAAACGUCUUAUAAAAGUAGUCCAUGCAACUCGUGUGUCAUAUUCUUAGUCUACUAAAGGCAUAUGUUAGGUUUGGCGAGAACAUCAUUUUGCAGUGAAAAUCUUGACGUCCGUUACGCAUUCAUGAGCGCUAUAAGAGAAGCUCUUUCACAGUGGCUUGCGUGUUCAUGUGAGAACUUACAUUGUUUUUUAGUGCUUAUGCACUAUCAAUUGCUGUUGUAUUAAGAAGGCAGGCCACCCCCCUAAAGCAGCAGAUACUCUGGGAGUGGUGAUUACUGCUUUUGGAAAAGGUCAUGAGGCAUCAGUGUAUUACUCCCUGCUAAUUCAGAGUCUGGGGGACGGAGCUUUAACUUCUGUCAAGAGAUAAUGGGAGAAAGAUUUAAACUUGGUAUUGGAGGAGGGAGUGUGGGCUAGGAUUCUAAAAAAUGUCAAGACUACAUCUAGAGAUGCAAGGGUGCACCUUAUGCACUUUAAGAUUUUACAUCGAUUCUAUUGGACCCCCUCUAGAUUGUAUUGGCUUGGUCUUAAAGACACACCCACCUGCUGGCGAUGCCAGUCAGAGGAUGGGAACACAACCCAUGUUUUUUGGUGGUGGGUUAAGAUCCAAGAAUUUUGGAUGAGGGUUCAGAGUUUCAUUUGUGAUGUAUUUACAGAAACUUGGAUGUCUGUGGUGAUUCCAGACCCCAACCCGCAGGGUUCUCCGUGCACCAUGUGGACAGAGCGAAAGACCUCUCAGGUAAAAGCAGAGGUGGUGGUGUAUGUUUUAUGAUCAACAAAUCCUGGUGUGAUCAGAGGAACGUACAUUCUAUCAAGUCUUUCUGCUCUCCUGAUCUGGAAUUUCUCAUGCUUUUGUGUCGACCAUUCUGGCUACCGAGGGAAUUCACAGCGGUCAUUAUCACUGCUGUGUACAUUCCCGCCACAAGCCGACACAGACCGGGCACUCAAGGAACUGUAUGGGAUUAUAAGUGAGCAGGAAACCACGCACCCUGAGGCCGCGUUCAUUGUGACUGGGGACUUUAAUAAAGCCAGUUUCAAAUCAGUCGCACCAAAAUACCACCAGCACAUUAGUUUCAACACACGAGGGGACCGGGUUUUGGACCAUUGCUACUCUUUCCUUUCCGGGACGGCUACAAAUCCCUCCCCCGCCCACCAUUUGGCAAAUCGGACCACUCUUCCAUUCUGCUUCUGCCCGCUUACAGGCAGAAACUGAAACAGGAAGCACCCAACCUCAGAACGAUCCAGUGCUGGUCGGACCAAUCAGAUUCUACGCAGAAGUCUUUUUUGAUAAUACGGACUGGGAGAUGUUCCGGUCCGCCUCUGAUGACGACAUCGAUGUUUAUGCUGAUAGCGUAAUGUGUUUCAUCAGAAAGCGCAUGGAGGACGUCGUUCCGACCAGAACAACACGGAUCUAUCCGAACCAGAAGCCAUGGAUAAAUAGCGAUGUUCGCGCGGCACUUAAUGUGCGGACCUCCGCUUUCAAUUCCGGGAAAGCGGAGGAGCAUAAACAAGCCAGUCAGAACAGCAAAACACCAGUACAGGAACAAGAUUGAAGGACAGUUUAACACCACCAACUCUAGAAGCAUGUGGCAGGGAAUUAACAUCAUCACGGACUUUAAAGGGAAUAAAAACUCCGCCAUGAACACUGCUGCCUCUCUGCCAGAUGAGCUAAAUACUUUUUAUGCUCGUUUUGAGGGAAAUAACACCGCCCUCGCGGAGAGAGCUCUCGUGGCCGAAGCUACAGAGGUUAGCUCACUCUCCGUCUCUGUAGCGGAUGUAACCCGAUCCUUCUGACGGGUGAAUAUCCGCAAAGCCACGGGCCCAGACGGCAUUCCUGGCUGCGUCAUCAAAGCGUGCGCGAACCAACUGGCUGGUGUUUUUACAGACAUUUUCAACCUUGUCCUCUCUUUGUCUGUAGUCCCCACAUGCUUUAAAACGUCCACCAUUGUGCCUGUUCCAAAGCAAUCAAAAAUAACUUGCUUAAAUGACUGGCGUCCUGUUGCUCUGACCCCCAUCAUCAGCAAAUGCUUUGAGAGACUAAUCAGAGAUUACAUCUGCUCUGUGCUGCCUCUCUCUCUUGACCCAUUGCAGUUUGCUUACCGCAACAACCGCUCCACUGAUGAUGCCAAUGCAUCUACAAUACACACUGCUCUCCCACCUGGAACAAAAGAACACUUAUGUGAGAAUGCUGUUUGUAGACUACAGCUCAGCAUUCAACACUAUAGUGCCCUCCAAGCUUGAUGAGAAACUCCGGGCUCUGGGCUUAAACAGCUCGCUGUGCAGCUGGAUCCUGGACUUCCUGUCAAGCAGACGCCAGGUGGUUAGAAUAGGCAGCAACAUCUCCUCAUCACUGACCCUCAACACUGGAGCCCCACAGGGCUGUGUUCUCAGCCCACUCCUGUAUUCCCUGUACACACAUGACUGUGGCAACACAUAGCUCCAAUGCCAUCAUUAAGUUUGCUGAUGACACGACGGUGGUAGGUCUGAUCACUGACAAUGAUGAAACAGCCUACAGAGAGGAGGUGCACACUCUAACACACUGGUGUCAGGAGCACAACCUCUCCCUCAACGUCAGUAAGACAAAGGAGCUUGUGGUGGACUUCAGAAGAAAAGACAGAGAACACAGUCCCAUCACCAUCAAUGGAGCACCAGUGGAGAAAGUCAGCAGCUUCAAGUUCCUGGGUGUCCACAUCACUGAGGAACUCACAUGGUCCAUCCACACUGAAGUCGUUGUGAAGAAGGCUAAUCAGUGCCUCUACUUCCUGAGACGGCUGAGGAAGUUUGGAAUGAACCGCCACAUCCUCACAGGGCUCUACACCUGCACUGUGGAGAGCAUCCUGACUGGCUGCAUCUCUGCUUGGUACGGCAAUAGCACAGCCCACAACCGCAAAGCACUGCAAAGGGUGGUGCGCACUGUCAGACACAUCAUCGGAGGUGAGCUUCCCUCCCUCCAGGACAUAUAUACCAGGCGGUGUGUGAAAAAAGCUCAGAGGAUCAUCAGAGACUCCAGCCACCCAAGCCAUGGGCUGUUCUCACUGCUACCAUCAGGCAGGCGGUAUCGCAGCAUCAGGACCCGCACCAGCCGACUCCAUGAUAGCUUCUUCCCCCAAGCAAUCAGACUUUUGAGCUCUUGAUCUCCCACGAUCAAAAUACAUCAGCACUGCACUUUAUUACUCUUACUCUUAUAUCUCACACCGGACUGUCAUAAAUUAUAUUAUUAUUAUAUUAUAUUCUCUCUUAACAACUGACUAUCAACCGACAGCCUGAAUGUCAAUACAGUACAAUACAGCCUAUUGUACAUUCUAUAUAUACUACUAUAUAUACUUUUUUAUUUUUAUUGAAUAAUGUGUAUCUAUAUUGUGUGUAUUAUAUACUGUACAGUGUAUGUUAUUAUUUGUAUAUUGUUGUGUGUAAUUAUGUGUAUAUUAGACUUUAAAUUGUGUUGUGUUAAUUUGAUGUUAUUGUAAAUUGGUAUAUGUCUCAUCACUGUCACGACUGCUAUGUUGAUCAGAACUGCACCCAAGAAUUUCACACACUAUUGCACUUGUGUAUAUGGCUGUGUGACAAUAAAUGUGAUUUGAUUUGAUUUGAUUUAUUGGGCAUUCAAAUUUCAUUUUGCCCCAGACGGGCAUAUUGGCAGGGUAGCGGCAUUUGAAGAAAUGUCAUAUAGAAGUCUAGGCAACCUGGAUUUGUUUGGCAAGAAAUGGGGCAGCUAUUUUGCCUUUUUAGAAGGCUCUCAGGGAGGGGCAGUGGAGAGAGACUUGUAGUUUUAAAUGUGUGUAUUGCAACCUUAUUGUUUUUUGUUUUCGAAGGUAUACUUUUUAUGUUUCUGAACAUUUUCUGCUGAUUUAUUGUCAAUUAACGUUUGACCACUGGGGUGCUUGUUUGUGUCGGGUGGGAGGGGGAAUGUUUAUAAUUUCAUAUAAUUUGAUUCCGCAUAUCCUGUCUAUUUAAUAUGCUGUAUGGAAUCAAUAAAAAUGGUUAAUAACAAAAAAGAAAAAGGCGGCAGACCGUGAUAUUCAUUAAAACAUCUCCUUUUUUGUUCCACAUAAGAAAGAAUGUCGUUCUGGCUUGGAACGACAUGAGGGAAAAGGUCAUAGAGUUGAUAAGUACCUGGCAAUCUCUUCGCUGUGGGCUGUCCAGUCUCGUAUGUACUCCUCCUGUUCUCUCAUCCUGUUCUUGAGGAGGAGGCCUCCGGGGCU